AUGGACACUAUCGAACUGGGGGGACUCAUCGGUAAUACAGGUAAUCAAAAGAACACGCUCGCACUCUGGGACGUGGAGAAAUUGGUCACUCUCCUUCAAAACCAUGCAGCGCGUCACGCGGUCACCGCCGUCGAUAGCAAUCCACAAUCAGCCUCUACGAGCACUCCAGGAUCAUCUGGAGCUUCUGUCGAUGAAAACCACGACGACGCCAACAGUGUGGCAAAUUUGCCACAGGAACAGGAAGGAUAUGUGAAAAAGGGAAAGAAACGCGUCAAAGUGUCGCAGGAUGGACUCCGUGCGACCAAGAAACGCAAAACAACCGACACACCUCAAGACGAUGUGUUUACGAGCAAAGUCUGGGUGAACGCCGCGUUUCGUUACGUUCAUACGAGCUUUUCGCCCUUUCCACCCCUUCUCAAGCGCCUCCAAACCGCUGUGCAGAACAUGCCUGAGCAAGUGUACGCCGGACCCCUUUAUCUAUACGCGACGGGAACGGCGGUCAGAAAUUCUCUCGUUUUUCAUCUAAAUCCUGUACACUCCGCCAAGGACGUUGGCAAAGGAAAUCUAUUGUAUACAGCCGGGACAGCACCCAGUUCAUUCACCAUUGCACACGACUUUACCGAGCGCCAUUCCAGUCUUCUACGCGCCUUGGUCGACCUCCGCGACGCGGAAUUAGCCACCAUUGAUGUCGCUUUAACUAUCCACCAAGUCGCCGACGAACGGCCAAACUCGCAGUCCGUCUUUUUCGACGUGUCCCUCGAGAUUACAAGCCAGCUCCUCAAGCUGGAUGAAGAGAUAGAAUUAUCUGCAGCUUUGGCAGAGGCUCAGCGUCGCGUGCUCCUUCAUAUUUUCCCUCCAUCGCCACAUGACACAGUCACACCUGUUACAGUUCAACGUUUUACCGAUUCUCUUCAACGUGCCCCGCCCCUUCCCUUCUCUGUUUCGGAGCAUUCCUUGCAGCCAAAGGAUCUCAAAUGUAGCCUGCUCCCCUUUCAACGACGCAGCGUCUUCUGGAUGUUGAACCGAGAGGGCUUCACCAUGUCACCCAGGGGCGAGGUCGUUAUGAAUAAGGAAACACGGUCGUUUUCCUCUAUGUGGGAUCAGGUUUCGACCCCGGCUGGCUCAACGAGAUAUCUCAAUCGGAUCACCGGCCAGCUGCGGAAAGAGCAAGAUAUUGAAGAUCUUCCUCCGGUACAUGGAGGUAUCCUAGCAGAGAUGAUGGGAUGCGGCAAGACGGUAGAAUGCAUUGCUCUAAUGCUGCUCAACCCGCCAGUGAAUCGGGGGCCAUGGAAGUCGCAAUGGAGCGACAUUGCCCGCGCACCCAUCCACGAAGUCAAGACAACGCUCAUCGUUACCCCAGCAAAUCUACAGAAGCAAUGGAUCGAAGAAAUCGCCAAGCAUGCUCCGAAACUCAAGGUGCACGUUUUCGAUGGGUGGAAGUCGAUGCGAGAUAUGGUGAACGGCAACUCACUGUCCUCUACCACAAAGAAGAAAAAGAGCCACAAAGCCAAAGAGGUGGAAGUCGACGACGAUGGCUCAAUUCCCGAUGACGAAUGGGCGCGCUACCUGCAGACAUUCGAUGUCUUGAUCACGACGUAUACUACGCUCGCCGCUGAGCUCAGCGUAGCCAAGGGCACGACUGCUCGACCUCGUCGCGAAAGAGUGGACUAUGGCGAGCACUCGAUGCCAAAGAGCCCGCUCAUUAUCGUCGAGUUCUGGCGAGUGAUUAUGGACGAAGUUCAGAUGGCUGGUGGCAAUAAUACCGUAGAUAUGGUGAGCCGUAUCCCGAGGAUCAACUCGUUUGCCGUGUCAGGCACCCCUGCAAAGGCCUCUGUUUCGGAUCUACAGCAUGUGUUAGAAUUUCUCCGGGUCCCCGGAAUUAUCACCAUGAAUCGAUCAUGGAAGCGAUUACUAGCGCCAGCAUAUCACGAAAAGUUCCUCGCUCUGUUCGACACCCAACUCGCCAUUCGCACUCGCAAAGAUCAGAUUGAACACGAAUUCCAACUUCCAAAACAGACCCGCUAUAUCGUACCCAUAGAGUUUGGCAAAGUAGAGAGGACUAUAUACGACGACAUUUUGGACAAUGCGCUUCAAGAUCUGCGAGUCGACGAGCGCGGCGUUGCUGCCCACAGCGGAUGGGCUAUGGACUUGGGCUCACUUCGAAAUUGGUUGCAUAAGCUUCGACAGGCGUGCACGCACCCUCAAGUAGGUGGAACUGGUAAAGUUGAUCGACUCAUGGGCGGUCGUGGAAUCAAGAGCAUGAGCGAUGUACUUCAGCUCAUGCAGGAAGCGACGGAAGACGGGCUCAUAUCCGACCGACGGAAGAAGACAAACCUUCGAAUUCGGCACGCCCAAUUACUUGCCAUGAAGCCCAAUCAAAGCAAGAACCUCCAAAUGGAUAUCGCUCAAAUCCUGGAGGAUUCACUUGAAGAAAUCAAGAGGCUGGCAGUUGACACCGAUAAAGUGAUCCAGUCGUUUAGCAAGCAAGGUGUUGAGCUUAUGGAGGCGGCUGUUCAACAAAAGCUGGAGCGCAAACGCUUGGCCAAGGAGGCUCGCGGCGCGGAUGGAAAAUCUGACGAUUCUGACGACUCCGAUGGCGAGGAUUCAGAAGAAGAGAAUGUCGUCUCAAAGGAGAUUGAAGAACUUCAGACGUCAGCCCAUCGGAGGCAUUGGAAAUGGUGGCUAAAGACUGAUCGUGGAAAGGAAUGGAAAGCACGCAUAACAGCGCUCCAUCAUCGUCGACGAGAAAACUCAUUGGUCUCCCACAAAGUGCAACUGCUUCUUGGUGAUGCCUUCUUCCGCCUGAAGAACCCAGAAAAGGAGAAGCAUUACUACGAGCAAGCUGAGCUCAUUCGUAAUGAGCUUUUGGGAGCCGCCGAGAAGACUGCAAUACAGUCAAUGCGCGAACUACCAGCCGAACUUGAGCGAAUCUCGGUCAAGAAUGCCAAUGACUCCGAUGAUACAGUUCCAACCUUGAGGAAUCUGCUACUGGAUGGGCCGCCGCAACCUGGCAUUCUGACUACCACCAUCUUCUGGGACGAGGAAGAGGUUAUCGACAUUCUCAACGAGCAAACUCAAUUCCUCUUCGAAUGGAAGGACCACAUUAUCGAGCUCAUUACCCAAGAUUUAAUAUCAGAAGCGGAAGCUGAUGAUGACAAGACACCUUACGAACGGGCUGUCGAAGUCCAGCUCGAAUGCGAGGCAUUCCUCAAAGGAUAUCAAAGUCUACUUGCGGAUCGUCGAGAGGCAUUGAUUGCAGAAAGGACCUUGCUUGCUGCCGCGGAGAACCGUGAGGACAAAACGCGCAAGACCGCAGCGGCCUCGAAAGCCCAGAAACAAGUGGUAAAGAAGGCGCCGGAUGAGGAUAGCGCCAUAGUUGCGGCCCUUGAUAAAGGGCGUCGCGCUCUCACUGGGGGGUUGAAUGGCAGAGCGCUUAAGACUUCAAUCGUUUUGCUAAGUAACCUCGUUAAAGAUACAGAUGAGGAUAAGCAUCCCGAAGAGGUCGCAAUUGCAAAGCACGAGCUGGCAAGAUUGAAAAAAGUUCUUGCGGUUCAGACAAAGCAGAUGGAUCGUCUUGAAAAGCAACUUGCGCCAAUUCGCAAGACCUUCAACGACAGGAUUGAAUAUUUUCGUCAGCUACAAGCGAUCAACGACUCCGUAGCUGCGGUAGAGUGGGAGGAAGAAACACUGGAGGACGCUAUUCUUGUAUGCGUCACAGAGCAUACGGCUGCCGAGCGAGCAGUAAACACGCGACUUGCUCGCCAACGAUAUCUCAACUCCAUCACCAAUAUCGACGACGAAGACGAGGAGGAACGGUCGUGCGUUCUUUGUAAAUGCGACUUCGACAAGGGUGUCAUUCUUGGAUGCGUUCAUCAUUUCUGCGAGGAUUGUAUUACCAUGUGGAUGGUAAAGGGUGCAAGCAGAGUUUGCCCAGUUUGCCGUGCGCCUAUCGAGAAGAAUGCCAUUCAACGAAUCCAUCUUGGUCAUGAGGCUGCCUCAGCUUCGACUCUCGAGCGGAGUACGCUCCGACAGAGGCGCGCCCGGAGCCUGGAUUCCUACAGCGUCAUGUCCGAAGAAAUGCGUACGGAAAUUCUUGACAUUGACGUUCGAUCUGAUGGACACGGAUCCAAAAUCAUGUUCUUGGUCAGGCAUCUCCUUUGGUUGCAAACCCAUGAUCCUGGUUCCAAGUGCAUCGUAUUUAGCACUUGGGCGUCAGGAAUGUCCAUCAUCGCCGACGCUCUCCAGAGAAACGGGAUCAGGUUUGUAAGGAUAGACGGCAAGAACAACAAGAAAGCAACUCCCGUCCAAGACUUCGCAAAGGAUCCCGUUGCACAAGUUCUUCUACUACAUGGGGAGCGUGAUGUCUCUGGACUCAAUAUCGUUUGCGCCAAUCGUGUUAUGCUCGUCGAGCCAACGGUCAAUCACAACUUUGAAGUACAAGCAAUUGCUAGAAUCGAUCGACUAGGCCAGAAAAAGUCGACAGAGGUAUACUGUUACUCAGUUGAGGAUACCGUCGAGCGCAGCAUUCUUGAUUUGGCCGCUCGACAAGGCUUGUCGCUCUACACGAAGGACAAGGCCGAAGUAGCAAUGGAUGUAAGUCAAUUUCAACGUGGCAAAGAGGCCAUCGACGCUCCUUCACGCGGCAAGAAGACGGGUGAUUUUAUUGCAAGUGGAGAGGAUAUGCUGGCGAUCACUUUCCCUCAUUUGUACGAGGAGGCAGACGACAAUAUGGAAGACUUCGUAUACCUGGAAACGACAGAGGUUCCAGUGGUAACCAAUUCCUGGGGAGACGCACCUUCGGCUCCUUCGGGUUCAAACUAA